CCAAGUCCCCGUGUCUCUAUGUCCCCGUGAGUGGUCAGGCUGGCCCUGCGUCUUUGAUCCGGUCCAUGUCUAUCUCUCUGUGGCUCUCGGGCUCUCCGGGGUCCUUGCUGUCUCCUCCCUCCACCUCCUCCCUUCUCGAAGGCUCGUCUCCUCCUAUUCCCUCCCCGCGGGGGCGUCACUGAGCCCUCCGGGCCGCAGGGGGCGCUGUCCUGUCUCAUGCACAUAGAGGCGCCGGCGUGGGAAAGCUGGGCUCGGUGGCCCCGGAAGCCGGAAGGGAGUCGAGAGUGCACGCUGGAGGCUCGCUCCCCGCGAAUCACGGACCCGCCGGAGACCUCCCGACAGCCUGGGGCCGCCGCCGCCGCUUCCAUGGGCGCCGAGCACCAAGCCCGCGCCUGUCUGGCCAGGUGCGGCCCCAACACACCGCCUGCCCUGCGAGAACUGCUGCGCAUGCUCCAACGAUUCGCCGGAACUUCUGGCCGACGCAGUCAGGAGCUGAGCCUGGCAGAGGCCGGGAGGCUCUUGCCUGCCCUGAGGCAGGCCUGGACUGAGCUGGAUGUCCCCGAGGCCCAGGCCUUCCUGGGCUGCCUGCUGAGCUGUCAGCUGGAGGCCAUGGGCAGCCUGGGGGCCUUCCGCAAGCUGGAGAAGAUCUUGGCCACGUUGGCUGCAGGGAGAGAGAGCGUGGCAUCUGAGGAAGUGGCCAGGAUUCUAGGCAGCCUGACCCAGAGCCGGCAGGCCCUGGCUCUGGGAGAUCUGCGCACAGUGUGUCUAUUCCUGGAGGAGAGCAGCCUGGCCAGAGAACAUUGGAGACAUGCCCUGGACACCCUGCUGGGCAGCACUGCCUCCACGCUGGCCUCUGUGUUGCAGGACCCGGCUGCAGGGUCUGCAGAGCGGGCCUGCCAUGCAGUGAAGCUGGCCCUCCAGCUUUUCCAAACCAUGCCAGAGGAAGUGGGCGUCCUGGUCUGGAGUCCUGCAGAUGACACGGAGCCCCUGGCGAGCAUCCUCCAGUCCCUGGUGCAAGUGACCAUGGGAAAGGUGGUCAACAAGGAUGCCCGCCUCCUGGCUGGCACGGCCCUGGGCAUGCUGGUGAAUACUGCCCCCACACUGGAGGCAGGGGUCAGGGCUGUGUCCGAGCUGCUGGGGCUGCUCAGCCCAGACCCCGGGGACCAGAGGCUUGGGGGGCUGCGAGUGGCUGUGCCCCCCAUGAGCCCUGAUGGGCUGGAGUACCUGGUGCUGAGCCGAGGCCUUCUGACGUCCUGCAGGAGGGAGAUCCUGACCUUCAGGCCUCCUGGUGGGCAGGCCUGUCUGCUGCUCAGAGACCUGAUGCCCCCCAUUGGCCCAGGCUGGAGCGAGAAGCCCAUGGACUACCGUGCCUUCCUCCUCCAGGCUUUCUCCCUGUGGCUGCGGCGGCUACACGAGAGCACCCCUGGCAUCUGGACGGGACGACUGCUGAGCGGGACCUCUCUGCAGACCCAGCAGCUGACUCAGUUCAUCUGGAUAAGCACCAAGAGCCCGCUGGAAGUCCUGUCUGAGGCCACCCUGCGCUCCUUCAGCCUUUUCCUGGAGCUCUAUGGGAAGGAGUGUGCACACUUUGGAGACGACGUGGAGCGGCCCCUCUAUGACAAGCUCUUAGAGAGGGUCCGGGCUCUGCCCUGGUUGACCAAGGCCCGCUACUCAGUCCUCUGUGCCCUGCUGCCCUUCCUGGGCUCUGAAAGGGUCUUGGCUGUGCUGCCGGAGCUCCCUCAGGACCUCUUGCUCUGCCUUUCCACCAAUGCCCUGAGCCCCCCAGCAGUGGACACAUACCGCUGCUUCCUACAAGCCCAGCGGGAGGAGUGGGCCCUCGCGGAGGCUGGCACUGGCGAGGAGGCGUUGGCCAAGCGGUGGGCCCGGCACUGGUUGCCUGCUGUGGCGGAGGCCCUGCAGUCCCCGGUGCCAGCCGUGCAGGGCCGGGCAGCCAGCUCGCUGCUCCCUCACACUCUGCAGCUCUUCCCAGCCUCAGCUGGACUCCUGGAGCAGGCGUUUGCAGGCCCAGGACUGGCCUGCCUGCGGGGGUGGGCGGCCCUGCAGAGGACUCGAAAGGAGCUAGGCCAGGGCCCCCAGGCGGCUAGCCAGAGUCCAGCCCGCCUUGCCGCGUGCCUGGCCUGUGGGGAUGAGGCUGUGCGCCUGGCAGGGGCCAGCCUCUUGUGUGGGGGGCCUGGAUCUGCCCAGGCCCCUGGCCCAAAGGAGCUGGCCAUCUUCCAAGACUUCCUGUGGCUGAACCUCAGUGGCUCUUCAGCAUCCUUCCGGCAGCUGCUGCAGGCAACUGUGAGCAGACUCCUAGGCCGGCUUCGUGACAGUGCGCUGGCUGUGCUCCGUAGCCAAGGGGCAGCAGGGGCAGGCCCACCCCCAGAGCCUCUCCUACUCACUGAAGACUUCGUGGAAUGGCUGCUGCAGUUCAGUGUCUCCCAGCUGGGCCCAGCCUCAGGCUUCCAGCGCCGAAGGACCGCCCUGCUCCUGCUCACGGCCCUGCUGGUGACGUGCACGGACAGCUGGAGCCCUGAACGGAAGAAGGGGCAGCCUCCCCCUACCAUGGCCGCUUUGCUGAGCUGGGCCAGGCGGAGAGGCCGCUGGGACUUCACCUCAAGGGCCACCUUGCUGGCCUUGCUCAGCUGCCUUCAGGACGGCACCAGUGAGAUCCGGGAGCCAGCUGCCAACCUUCUGCAUAUCUACUUUCCUCCUGCUCUGCCCGGAGACCUGGCCGGAGCCCUGCUGGAACGGGCACACCAGGCCCUGAGCAGUGCCCGUGGGCAGGAGGUGGAAGCUGGCGCCCUCAUGAUGCAAACUUUGCUGCAGAAAGUGGACGGUGACACCCUCCAGAACAUAGUCCCCAGGCCCGAGGAGGAGGGCCCAGCCCUGGGUUGUCCCAGCCUCACGCUCAUCUCCUACCUUCUCCACCUGCUACGGGAGCGUCACGUGGCAGCCCAGCAAGACCUGCUUCAGGCGGCCUCUGCCCAGCCACUCCAUGGCCCUCUGUGCGCCCUGCGCCGAUGCCUCCUAGAGGCCCCCCGCACGGGGCUGUCCAUGCAACAGGCGUCUACACGGGCCUCCUGGCAGGAGCUGCUCACGAUUACGGUGACGACGAUGGCUGAGGUUGCCUCCUUCCUCCUGGCCGUCCUACGGGGCUCUGGAGAAGAUCUGCAGCCAGCUGCUGCCCCCUCCCUGGCCGACAUGGGACUGGCCAUCAAUGCUGCCGUGUGGCAAGGCAGAGCUGGGGGCCUGGGGUCUGAGGAGGACGAAGAGGAGGGUGAGCCCCCCCUUCUGCUGUCUGAGGAACAGGGACGCAUCCUGACCUGUUGCUGGAUUUCUGCAAAGGAGAUAGGCCUGCUUCUGGGAGGCCUGGCAGAGAAGACUCUGCUGCUGGCCCCACCGACCACUGGCUCAAAGUCUCCACUCUUGGCCCUGGAUGGCCUGCAGACCAUUGUGGCCACCCUGCAGGGUCUGCUGCUCAGAUGCCGCCAUUGGGGAGCUCUGGAGGGCUGCGCUUCUGGCCUCACCACGGUCUGCAGGGCAUUGCUGGGUCAGCCUGACCCAGAGCUGUGGGAACUGCCCCAGAAGCUGCUGUCCAAGGGCCUGGAAUUGCUGAGUGGUCCACGGAACAGCUCUGUGACACGCCGGGCGGCGGGUUUCCCCCUCUUCAUCCAGUGCAUUGUAGCAGGGGAGCCAGCAACCGGUGCCCGGCCUCUGUUGGCCAGCUGUGUGGACACACUGCUUGAGCUGGCCAAGAGGCCCCUGCCUCAGGCCUGGGACCAGACUCUGGACCUGCCACAGGUCUCUGCUCUGCAUGUGCUCCAGGCCCUGGUGCGGGGGACUGGCCUGGGAGCCCCGAUGCUCCAGUGGGCCGGCCCGCUCCUUGAGCUGUGUCUGGGGGCCCUGGGCUCCCCUUGCUGGGCUGUGAGGAACGCCGGCACCCAGCUCUUUGGUGCCCUGAUGGGCCGGCUGCUGGGUCAGAGCCUGAGCCGGGAGGGCAGUGGCCCCCACAGAGGACUGUGCCCCGAGGCUUUCUUCACACUCUACCCUCCACUGGAGACCAUUCUUCUGACCCCGCUCUCCCCACUGGGGGCUGCGGGGGAGAGCCGCCCCCACCCUGCCCUCCAUGCUGUUCUUAUCCUCCUGGCCAGACUGCAGCCUGGCAUGGAGCGUCUGAGCAGCUCUGCAGCCCGGUUUCAGGAGCAGUUGCUUCAUCUCUCAGCGAGUCCAGUCUAUGCCACGCGGGCAAUGGCUGCCCGGGCCUUGGUGCCCUUCGUGCCUCUGGCAGAAUUGGAGAAUGUCCUGCUACGCCUGCUGCGGGACCUAGCGGGGCCCAGUGCCCACAACGUGCUUCAUGGACGGUUGCUGCAGGCACAUGCCCUUCUGGCUCAGGGUGGUACCUGCCGGACCUUCCAGGGCCUGCCGGCUGUUGUGCAUCAGGCAGAGGCCGCGUUUUGGCUGUUCACACCUGCCCAGCGCUGCCCACUGAUCCGCUCAGCCUACUUGCGGCUUCUCUCCCUGCUGACCAGUGGCUGCAGCGAGGACUUCCUGAAGCAGCUUGAGGCUGCUGUGACCCAGGAGCUGGGCCCCUCCAGGCCAGAGACUCAGGUGGGCACUGGCGUGCUGCGCCAGGAGUGUGCCAGAUUCCUCUGCAGGGAGGCGGCGCGGUUGGCCGAUCCCAGCCGGAGCCAGGCCCUGGCCUCCCUGCUUCGAGGGCCAGACCCAGAGGUGCGCCAGGCCCUGCUUUGCUGGGUGCUGGAAGAGGGGGGUCGCUGCAAGCCCAUGGCCGGCAUUCUUCGGGCCCUGCUGCUGGAGACCCUGUGGCCAGUGCUGCAGGAGGGGGGCAGCCCAGAAGGCCUGAAGCUCUACCUGGAGGCGUUGGUGCACCUACACGAGGCCCCCUCUGCCCACACUGAGCAGCUCUCGCCAUCCCCGCCGCCCGCCUGCCUGGAUCAGCUGCUCUCGCUGGUGGAGACGGCUGGUGGCAGCCCCGGCCUCCUGGGCAGGGCUCUGCGUGCCCUCAGCUUGCUCCUGGCCCUGGGGCCUGAGGACCUUCCUGCCCUGGGCCGCUGGAGCCUGGUUCUUGAAUGCUGGAGUGUGCCCCGCACCUGUGAGGAGCUGAGGCUGGCAGCUGCGCAAUCCCUCCGCCUGGCUGGGGUCCGGGUGGUAGUCAGGGCCUGUGCGGGCUCUGGGUCCUCCCUGGCAGCCUUGGCUCUCCGGCUUCUGAACGCUGGCAUUUUCCUGCUGCAGGACGAGGACCGGGCAGUGAGGCUGGAAGCAUCCGUGUUCGCCAGUCUGCUGGCCCAGCAGAUGGGAGCCCAGCCCUGGGAUGCCAGCAUGCCCAUACAGGCCAACCAGGGCCUGCUCCUUCUGCUGCAGGUCAUUAGGACACACUUUGGGGCCUGUGAGGACACCUGGCCACUUCUGAUGCUCCAUCUCCCCCAGUGUGAUCUGGAGGGCCUGCUGGAGGAGGUGGGCACCAGCCGGACCCCCAGCCUCUAUGAAGAGGACGGAGCCAAUUUCUUUGCAGAACCGGCUGUGUUUGCCCAGCUCCUGCUCCCCUUCUUGCUCCAACUGCUGGACGGAGCUGAGGACAGAGCGCCCCUCAGGACCCAGGCCCAGCAGUGGGCGGUGGCUCGAGUCCCCGCCGUCCUCCACAGCCUCCGGCAUUGCUGCCUCUGGUGGGGUCAAGACAACGCUGGCCCUCUGUUCCUGAAGGCCCUGGGUUGCCCCAAGGUUCACACAGCCCUCACUGUGCUGCUGGUAGAGGCUGAGCUCUUGGCCCAGAUCCUGGAGGCCCCACAGGCCAGCGGGGUGACGGUGCCUGGCUCUGGCUGCUCUUCUCAGGAGCUGAGACAAGCCUGGGGGAGGGCUCGGGCUGUGCUCACCCAACACGGCAUGGCUCCCCAGCUGAAGGACAGCAGGAGACUGGGGCUGGACAAGAGGCCAUGUGCUCUUAUCGAUGGCUCCAGGUGAUCGCCAAGGAGGGAUCUGUGAGACCAAGGGAGCCCCAGACAUGAGGACAUCUGGUGAAAGUGUGAGACAGAGUCCCCUGUGGACUUCUCUGUGGCCCUGAGCUCUUCCCUGGCUCCUGUGCCCCCUCCCCCUGGGGGGGGGCAUUCACCUCCAUCCCCCUCCAUAGCCACCCAAGACAGACUCAAAUCAGGCUGAUGGGCAGAGUGGCCCGGAGCCAGGGCUCCGGGCUCAUCGGAGAGUUCUGCGGGUCACCAGAUAUUAGCACCGGAAGGGACCUUCUUUUACAGAAGAGGAAACUGAGGCCCAGGGUGGGAGGGGAAGAGGCUUGCCCAGUGACUGAGCUCUGUCAUUAAGAAUGAUCAGUCAAUCAAUCAAUAAUAAACAUUUAUUAAGCACCUAUUAUGUGCUGCUGGAGGACGAUGACACUCUAAGGCUUAGAAAGGGCUCGCUUCACCACUGUGCUGGGAGGUCCGCCAGUAGCUCGUGCUGCUCCGAUCGCCCCCAUUUUGCAGAUGGGUGUGGCCAUUUGUCCCCCCCUGCACAGGCUGUCCAUGUUUGAGUCGGCUGAAAAGCCAGCACCCUCUCCCUCACGUCACGUCCUGUCCAGUGUUCACUUCUUCUCCAGAAAGUGGAGGUUGUCUCCUGGGUCCCUCCCAGGCCUGACGCUCCAUGGCCUGGGGCCUCUGGAGUCUCCGCCUGCUGAUGGAGGGGUGGGGCGGGGUGAUCUCUAAGUACCCUUCCAGGUUCACCAACGCUGAUUCUGUCCAGGAGUGGCAGGGACACGCAUGAAUCAGUUUUCCUGCAGAGACCAGCUGGGUCCAGAUAGAAGCCGCUCUCACCGUCCUUCCCCCCACCCCCAAAUCUAACUUGUACAAGAAAGAAAUGGAACAACAACAUUG